AUGGACAGGCCGGCCGAUGUCCUCUCAUGGAAAGAGCUGAAGCAAGGACGCUACUUGUUUAUUCAUCUCGUACAUGAGACAAUAUUUCAUCUGUACACUUUAAUUAAUGUUCUUAUCGCCAAAGGAAGAUCUCGAAAACGCUGGCGCACGAUAGAUAUAAACAGACAUGCUAUUCUGAGGGAAGGCUUCGGUUUUGCACCAAAGCAUUUAAAGAUGCUUCUAAACGGCGGACGCGAUCUUCAAGAGCUUUUGCAGGACUUCCUACCUUCUUUCUCUCCGGUUCUUGAAACGCAGCCUGCAAUUGUGCGUGUGCUUCUUCUACCUCUCGAAGCAACGGAGACCCUUCUACGUGGGAUAUGGCUUCGCCAUGCCUCCUGA